AUGGGAGGUGUUGAGAGAUUAAACAUUCCGAUAUCCCAGCCAAGCCAUGGCACUGAGAAGAGAAACCAGCACUUAAGCGGCAGUAGCCGACAGAGAGGCAAAGACGAGAACCUUUACCACGUAAAAGCAACGCACAAGAAAGGCGAGAAGGGUCAUGGCAGAUACCCACUGAUCUCCGAGACACGGCGGGCCGUGCAGAAGGAAGGGAAGAAUAUUAUGCGCUUUGCUACUUACAAUCAGAAUUGGGAAGUGGCUCUGAGCAGCUCGAAUACACUGUUUGCAUCGCAGUCUGAUCAAAAUUAUGCCGGAGCCAAGUUUAGUGAGCCGCCAUCACCAAGUGUACUCCCCAAACCUCCAAGCCAUUGGGUGCAUGUUCCCUUGGAGCCUUCUGAUCACAGGGAAAUGGCCUUUCAGUUGAAGACCUUGCUUAAAGUGCAGGCGUAA